AUGGCGUUGCGCACGAUAGGAGCUGCCACGCGGGCCCUUGCAUCACGGCGACCAUGUACCGUUCGAGCACCGGCCACCGUUAGCGCGGAGAGGAACGUACACCGCACUGUUUCGGCUCGUGACGAAGUGCACCAACUGGGACAGCACAAGGACACCCCGGACAACAACGAGACGACGUUCUUCGACUUCACGGACGAGAACUACGCCAGAGUGGAGAAGAUCAUGGCCAAGUACCCGGCCAACUACCGACAGGCAUCGAUCAUCCCGCUGCUCGACCUGGCGCAGAGGCAGCACGGGGGCUGGCUGCCGCUGGCCGCCAUGGAGAAGGUCGCCAAGAUCGUGGGGCAGCACGAGAUGAAGGUGUACGAGGUGGCCACCUUCUACACCAUGUUCAACCGCGAGAAGCGGGGCAAGCACUUCAUCCAGCUCUGCGGCACGACGCCGUGCAUGGUGUGCGGCUCGGAGGACAUCAAGAAGACCAUCAUGGACGAGCUCGGCAUCAAGAACGGGGGAACAACGGCGGACGGCAUGUUCACGCUGUUGGAGGUGGAGUGUCUCGGAGCUUGCGCGAACGCGCCCAUGGUGCAGAUUAACGACGACUACUUCGAGUGCCUCACGCCCGAGACCAUGAAGGAGCUUCUGGAGAAGUGCAAGAACGGCGAGACGCCGGAGAUGGGCCGGUGGGGCAGCUUGCCGCUCAACGGACAAGUCAGCUGCGAGGGCCCCCACGGAAAGACAUCGCUGGAGGGAACGCCGACAGGGCCCGGAUUCAUGAUGCGGAAGGACUUGGAGCAGAAGGUCGACCCUAAGUCGGUCAAGGACCACAUGUGCUACUGAUGACGCCGCGGGGCUGACUUAGCGUGAUCUGGUUGUGGUAGUCGCCGCUGCUGUGUGGCGGCGGCGGCGGCGUGAGGGAGAUAGGGGCGGCGAUACUCGCUCGUAUGAGUGAUCUUUAACGCGCUUUGAUUUGCGAGCUGCUGGUGGCAAUGGUGUAUGGGCGGCG